GGCAGGACUUCUGCUGUAAUGCCAGUUACUAGCUUCAGAUUCCGACUUCAUUGCUUCCAUAACCCAGAAGGGAUUGAACUCAAUCAACUGCAUUAGCUAUCAGAACUUGUAAACACACAAAAAACAAGAAGACAACAGGCUGAUCCCCCUGCUGUUCCUGAUUAACGGAAAGAAAGACUUGUUCCACUGCUGAAAGAUACUGCCUACAAGCUUGUUUAUCAUGUAUAACAGCAGUGCAGUACAGCAGAAUGUUAUUUAUCAGGAAUUAAGUGACAUGAUCUCAUUCACCUCUGAUGAAAUACAAAGGCAAAGAGAGCUGACAGAGAACGUUGUAAAGAGGUUGCUGAAUAAGAUGCGAGAACUCAGCGUUUCUGGAGACCCUGUCAUAGAAGAGGAUAUAAUUGGGACAGGCAGUUCCUUUGAAGGGCUGAAGGUGAGAGAAGAACAUGAGUUUGAUUUUAUGAUUCCUAUUCGCUCUCCGUUACCCUACAGAUUGAGUCCAGAAUUUGGUACUGACAAGAGGGACAUAAAAACAAUACUGAAUAUGUUUGGACAGAUUCGAUGCAUUAGAUUACAAAAUGUUAUGGAAAUGCAGGGUGGAUAUUAUAAAAGACCUGCAGAUUUUAAAGAUAAAUUUUGUGCAAAUGACUAUCUAUCACCAAAGAGAAUUCGUGAAUGGUUUCAGUCCCUAGCAGACAGAGCAGUCAUACAUAUUAAAGAAAAAAACAUGGAUCUCACCUUUUCUCAACAAGGCCCUGCACGUACUCUUAACAUUAAUAUCAAUAAGCAAAAACCUAUUUCUGUUGACUUGGUUCCUGCUGUUAAAACUAAUGAUAUUUACUUGGUGGCAAAGCCAUAUGGAGGAUCUCCUGAAGACUAUUACCCUUCUAAUGACAGUUUGUGGAGAAUGUCUUUUUCAGUUCAAGAAAGGCUAUUUAUAGUACAAAAAACAUCAACGUUACCUCUAAAUUCUUGUCAUAGACAGGCCUUGAAAAUUAUGAAGUACAUAAAACAAAAGGAGAGGAAAAAUAUUCCAGCCCCCCACUGGAGUUCUUGUUUAAGCUCCUACCAUUUGAAAACAGCUUGGCUUUAUCUGCUACAGCAGAAUCGGCCUCAUGAGUGGCAGCCUAGCUGUCUGAGAGAAAGGGUGCUGGAACUAAUCAGGAAGUUGGUAGAGAGUCUGGAAGACAAACAGUUGUACCAUUUCUUUCUGGGUAACACAACUCUUCUCAAUGAAAAGGUAAUUUCUGAUGCCUACUACUCCAAGGGCAACUUACUUUCUGAGAUGAAGAGUGAAACAUUAGUUCAAGCUAACAGUCAGUUGAGAAUUCUUUACAAAAACUUUGAUUCAAUGGUGAAUGAAAUCUGCCAAAAUCUUCAGCUGAAUAAACAGCACAACCUUGAAUCAAUGGAGAAUGAAAUCUACCAAGAACUUCCAUCUCAGAAUUCAUAUUGUCCAAUCCUGUAAAUAGCUUAUCUUCAUUUAAGCUAUCGGUGUUCAUGCACUGUUUAUUCUUGCAACUUUUUACAAUGUGCUCAUUUUUUGGUACAUUCUCACUAUUACAGCUAAUUAUUGGAGCCACUGCAUGUAAUGUUGCCUCCUCUGACCUACAGUUCCUUCCUUGUAAUGAUAAGAUUCAUGGGAGAGGCUACUGAUCACUUCAUAUGCUGUCAGAGACAAUGUUUUCUAGUGUACAUGCUAAAUCCUGCAACAGUCCUGAAGGCAAUAUUACAGCAUUGGUGCUCAACUGGUUCUGCGAAGAGUGUGACAUUAGUAUCUGCAAAUGCCAUAAACCUGCAUGAGAUGAACUUAUGCUAAACCUGAUGCUUAGCUAUGUUUACCCAGUAUCCACUGUGAGUUCUUAUGCCAAAGUUUUCUAAUUGGUUUCCACUACAGCUCUCAGCUGUCUGUGAUUUUGCAGAAUGCUGAUGAUUUUGCCUUGUAUUUUCACUCUGUUUUUCAUAAAGGUUUGGCUUCCUGGUAAAUCACUACGAAUUACUAUCAGUCAUUUAAUGCCAGACAUUAGGCUCAUAGGCUCAUACGUGUGUACUAGGCUAAUGGCCCUGGGGCCUUUACAAGCCUAGCCAUAGGAUUACCCUGGCAUCGUGCCACCCAACCUUAGUUCCUAGCGCCUCUGUUGAGUUUAGCCACUGGAGUGAUUUUCUAUUUCCCAUCCACUCAUCAAGAUUUCUCUUGAAGAGGGUCAGCGAGGUGCUCUGCUUGACA